ACAUUGACCUGGACCAUGAGCAAUGAUUCACCUGUUCUAACAAGCUUGACUGAAAACUCCACUGACGUGCCAGUGUCAGUGGGCCAGGUGGACAGCUAUGUGUUACUGCUGGUUGUGCUGAGUGUGUUUGCGGGAGGGACCCUGGUGCUGCUGUCACUGCUGGUGCUCUUCUGUCACCGCUGCUGCCUGGGUGGGCGCCGCUAUUCUCGAGCAAGUGACGACCCUGAAAAGACAAAUACCACUUAUGCCGAAGAUUCUCAGCCCACCCAAGAAAUCACCAUUCGUUUGGAUGAAUCAGAUGCUCUUUCAGCUUCAAGCUGUCACGAUGGGGACUCAGAGCGAUUUGUCUCCACAGGCAUCAUUGGCCGUAGAGUCUCCUUUAAUGAAUCUGCACUUUAUGAACAGGAAAAGACUGCUCAAGACAGAGGACGACGAUAUACACUCACAGAAGGAGACUUCCAUCACUUGAAAAAAGCCCGUUUGACUCAUCUGCACUUGCCUCCCGCCCCAUGUAAUCUGAAGAUACUGACCAUUAUGGAGUGUGACUCAACUGAAAGCAGCACAGUGAACAUUAAUGAGACCCCAGCAUCCAAAGUGCCCCUCAGCAUCUAUCAGUUAAGUGAGAGGAAAAUCCUUGGGGAUCCUCUGGAGUGGGUUGGAGGCUUGCCGGGGGACCCUCAUCACUCUGUCAUAAUGGACCAGAGUAGACAGUCUUCCUUAGUCAGAAGACCUCCCCACACACGCUCACAAACAAUGGAGACAUUUGGAAACAGGCCAGAGGCAGAAUGUAAAAUGGGCUUGGACAGUGACUCAAAUCAAGCCUUAGGGCAGACGUCAGUUCUGAGGUUUUUCUCCAAACUGCGCCGUCAUGCCAGUCUGGAAGGUGUGGGACCAUACUUUAGGAGGUGGAAGUUUGACUCAAGCCAUCGGGCAGCAAGCCUGGAUGAUAAAGGAUCUCCCAAAAGGCGUCCCUUCCAACGACAAAGAGCUGCAAGUGAAACAACAGAUCACACUGAGGAGGAUUCUUCUCUCAGAGACAACACAAUUGAAUCUAUUCCACAAUCUCCCAUUGACAGCAGUGGACUCCAGUCUUUGUCUGCUGAGUGUUUGUCCCAUCCAGCCACAGCACCUGCACCCUCUGUCUUCUUCAGGCUAAAGUUGGAGGCCAUGAUGGAGGUUGAAAACAACAAUAGCAGAGAAAGACCUUUCUAUGAUGCUCUGGGACAGGAAACUGCUACGGCAAAAGAAGAAAACAAAUUGGAGAAAGUGAUCAGCACUAACCCUGGUGGAGCCAGGCAUAGUUCUAUUGAGGAGGAUGACUUGUUUGUCCAAGAAAGCCCACCAAAAGAGGCAGACCAACAAGAGAAGCAAAACCAUAUUGAGACUGAAAUUGUGGAUGGUGAUGACGUGGUGUUGGGAGCCAUGGCAAGACAGCGGGCAAACUCUGGUUCAUCGAUAUCCUUCACCCGUCAGGAGAGCACUGAGGCUCCCCCUUCACUCUACAGAGAUAUAUGGAGUUUACGGGCCUCUUUGGAGCAAUACGCUUCUUCAGACCAGAGCAGCACAGAUCGAGAGUCCAUCCGGAGUGAUGCAGAUAGCGUCUCAUCUUUUGGAGGGGCCGGAGCUCGCUCUGGUCUGAACACCUGCCUGUCCCAGGACUUGGAUGAUGAACCUGAGGGCGAAAGUGAAGGGGAAGUGGGGGAUCGAGGUCUUAGAGGUCCCAGUGGAAAUGACGAUGCAGGCAACGGUGCUGUGGGCGAUGGUGAGUCAGGAAAUAGGAAGCUGUUACAAAUGGACAGUGGAUAUGCCUCCAUUGAAGCACCCUCGAGGGCCCCUGAAGACAUGCGGCUGUUCGGGACAUCUGGGGCAUCUCGGGGGAAGACCGCGUCAGAGAGGAGAUUGUUCUUCACUAACUCUGGACGAAAGGGUUCAGUGUGUGAGAGUGUGGAGGCCAAGCUGCUUCAGGAGGAGCUAGAGGAUGAUCUUGUAGACAGCAAUGACAAGCUUCAUAACAGCACAACUCAGUUGGUUACAGUUCAAGAGCCAUGUAUAAAACCCACUCCUUCCCAGCCUCACGAGUCUACUUCCCAUCUCAUGUCUACUGUGAUGAAACCACAGCCUCCAAGUCCCCAUAAGCCUCGCCUCCGUCGCCGUGACUACAGCAUUGAUGAGAAGACAGAUGCUCUUUUCACCGAGUUUCUCCGCCAUGAUCCCCGGUUUGACCAGCCAGACUCUCCACUGCGCGCCAGGCGGCGCUCACGAGUUCACCUGAGGAAACAGUGGCAGAGACACAAGCAAUACAGCGAUCCAGGGUCAAGUGCUGGAGGAAGGUACUCUCCAUCUUUGGACAGGCAGAGAUUCACUCCACUCAGGAGAGGAGACAGCGCAGGGUACCUCCUUGACACUAGGUAUCACAGCACACUUUCACGAAUAGCAAGUGCUGCAGACGAAGAAGCCAGUGAGGUUGCAUCCAGUGAGGCAGAAACAAAACAAAGCAAUGAGGAAAUAAAGCCAGUUGAAGCUGAAUCUACAAAGGAAGUAGAGACAUCUGUGAAAGAAGAGAUGAGGUGCGAGGCUGAUGCCGACUGCGUUUCUAAAAACAAACACACUGGAAGCACAACCAACACAAAUAUGGCCACUGAACAAUCAAGUCAAAUCAAUCCAAGAGUCAACAAUAGAAACAAUAACAGCAGUCAAGUUAUGCUAUCAGAGAGCAGCCUGGCAGACAAAUUGGUGAUGUCGGUGGAGGAGAGACUCUAUGGGGGUUUGAGAAGUGGAGACAGAGAGAAGCAGGGAGAAACCAAAGGAAAUGUAACAACUGUAACAGCCUCCCCAGAAUUUAAACCCAAGUGAUACAUCAUGAUUCAACAUAUUGUAACCAGACGAUCAUAGAAAUGUGUAUGGUUAUGUUUACAAAGUACCAAAACAUCAUGCUUAACACAAAAACAAUAUCCCUUAUGUUGCAAACCUUGUGAUGUGACAUGUAAAGGCCCUUAAAGCGACUUUCUUCAUCAUUCAUUAAUACUGUAAUAGAAUACAUACUUAUUUUGGAUGAAAACAUUUUAACUGUGAAUUUUUCUCUGUGAGUUUUCAGCAUGCUGCUGUAUGUAUGCUACUGUGUAGGCCUAUGUAAAUAAUGUUCUGUAACUUUGAAAAAGCACUUUGAGGGGAACAAAACAGUAGUGUGGUAGAGUUUCAAACACCCAUUGAUAUCAUGAAACCAUUAUAAGUGUCCUUUUAUGACCAUCAAGGUAAGAAUAUGUGUCUUGUUAAGGAGCAGAAUAAUUUAAAUGAAAUGUGAAGAAGAUACAUAAUUUGACAAGAUAACAGUAGCUGCAGUUACAUGUGCACUCAAAAUCAGAUUCAUCCAUUCAUCCAUUUUCUUAUGCUUAUCCGGGGAAGGGUCGAGGUGGCAGCAGUCUAAGCAGGGACUCCCAGACUUCCUUCACCCUGGAUACUUCCUCCAGCUCCUCCGGGGGGACCCCGAAGCGUUCCAAGGCCAGCUGAGAGACAUAGACCCUUUAGGGUGUCCUCGGUCUUCCCUGGGGCCUCGUGGGACAUGCCCAGAACACCUCCCCAGGGAGGCACUCAGGAGGCAUCUGAAAUAGAUGCCUGAGCCACCUCAGCUGGCUCCGCUCAACAUGAAGGAGCUCCUCCCGUGUGACUGAGCUCCUCACCCUAUCUCUAAGGGAGCGCCCAGCCACUCUGUAGAGGAAAUUCAUUUCGGCCCCUUGUAUCCGCGAUUUUGUCCUUUUGAUCAUAACCUAAAGCUCAUGACCAUAGGUGAGGGGAGGAACGUAAAUUGACCAGUAAAUCGAGAGCUUUGCCUUUGGGCUCAGCUCCCUCUUCACCACAAUGGUCUGAUAGAGCGACCACAUCACUGCCGAUGCUGCACUGAUCCGCCUGUCAAACUCACGCUCCAUCAUUCACUCACUCGUAAACAUGACCCCGAGAUACUUGAACUCCUCCCCUUGAGGCAGGGACUCUCCACCCAGAGGGCAAGACACUUUUUUCCGAUCAAGAACCGUGGCCUCGGAUUUGGAGGAGCUGAUCUUCAUCCCAGCCUCUUCACACUCAGCUGCAAACUGCCCCAGUGCAUGUUGCAGGGCAAACACAGCUCCUGCUCCAGUCAUACAGAGACUGGACUGCCCUUAGCAAAGGGCCCCGGAACCUCAUACUCCCGGAGAACCCCACACUGGACACUACAAGGAACACUGUCAAAUGCCUUCUCCAUAUUCACAAAGCACAUGUGGAUUUGUUCGGCAAACUCCCAUGAACCCUCAAGCACCCGAUGGAGGGUGUAGAGCUGGUCCAUUGUUCCAUGGCCAGGAUGAAAACCACACUCCUCCUCCUGUAUCCGAGGUUCGACUAUCGAUCGGACUCUCCUCACCAGUGCUCUGGAAUAGACCUUAUCGGGGAGGCUGAGGAGUGUGAUUCGAUUCCCCUGUAGUUGGAACACACCCUCUGGUCCCCCUUCAUAAACAGAGGGACCACCACCCUGGUCUGCCAGUCCAGAGGUGCUGUCACCAGCCGCCACACAAUGUUGCGGAGACGUGUCAGCCAAGACAGCCCCACAACAUCCAGAGACUUAAGAUACUCAGGACGGAUCUCACCCCCACCCCGGAGCCUUGCCACCGAGAAGCUUACUAACCACCUCAGUGACUUCAGCCAGAGUGAUGGACGAGUCUGCCUCUGAGUCCCCAGUCUCUGCUUCCUUCUCGGAAGACGUGAUGGUGGGAUUGAGGAGAUCCUCAAAGUAUUCUUUCCACUGUCCGACAACAUUCCCAGUUGAUGUCAACAGCUCUCAGUGCUGGUGAAGCACUGCUUAUCCCUCCUGAGACAUCAGACGGUUUGCCAGAAUUUAUUUGAGGCCAACCGAGUCCUCCUCCAUGGCUUCUCCAAACUCCUCCCAACCUCAAGUUUUAGCCUCUGCGACUGGCAGAGCGGCAGCACGUUUGGCCUGCCAGUACCCGUCAGCCAACAAGGCCCAAUACGACUGCUUCUUCUUCCUGAUGACAUCCUUUACUUCUAGUGUCCACCACCGAGUUUGGGGAUUGCCACCACGACAGGCACCACAGACCUUACAACCACAGCUACGAGCGACUGCCUCGACUAGAGAGGCAGAGAACAUAGCCCACUUGGACUCCAUGUCCCUACCCUCCUCUGGAAUCUGGGAGAAGCUCUCCUGGAGAUGUGAGUUGAAGCCCCUCUGCCAGAGGGCUCUGACAGACGUUCCAACAGACCCCACUACCACAGAAAUCUAUUAACAGAACACCACUGGGGUUUAGAUGAGGGAGGCUGUUCCUCCCUAUCACCCCUCUCCAGGUGUCACUGUCAUUGCCCAUGUGGGCAUUGAAAUCCCCCAGUAGAACAACUGAGUCAUCGGGGCACUGUCUAGUACCCCUCCCAAGAAGGCUAGGUAUUCUGCACUGCUGUUUGGCCUGUAGACCGACACAACAGAGAGAGGCCUGUCUCUGACCUGAAGGCACAGGGACGAGACCCUUUCAUUCACUGGGGUGAACUCCAACACACGGCAGCUGAACCGUGAGGCAAUGAGCAAUGGGCCGUUGAGGCCCCCACCUUCGACUGCUGUGGAUUUCGAUUUCUUUCUGAUCAUGCUCUCAUCAUAUCAGAUUUUUCAGUUUAUAUUUAUGUAACAUCUUAAUAAUCUUAAUGGUCCAGAAAUGAAAUUAUAAUUAGGUGUUGGUGUGCAUAUGGACAAGGCCAGUGAGGGGAUUAGAUACAUUAAUAUUUUUAUACUCAUAUUUGGUCUAUUUUUGUAAUUUUUGUUGCUUGUUAGCCAUCUGUCUCUGCAUAAUUUAAGAGUCAGUAUCCAGGAGUGUUCAUGGUCAUGUUUACCAAUGUAUUAUUUAUUAGAGAGAGAAUGAAACUGAAACCAGAAUCUUGUGUUGACAAGUAGGUUGUUUAGAAAAAUAAUGUGACUCUGAAAACACACUGUGGUAACUUAUUUUAAAUGCUGAAUUUCCAACAAAAAAUAAAUGUUCCAAAUAGUUAAUGCCCAUUUAAAAACAAAUUACUCAAAAUAGGUGAAGACAUAUUUUUUUUUUUUUUUUUUGUAUGAAUGUUGCAAUAUCAAUUAUAUCUGUUUGUUCCAGUUUGUUUUCAAUGAGAGUUUGGCUGUAUGUUAAAACUGAAGACAAAU